ACAAAUAUGCAAAUUCCAGGCGUCCAAUCAGUGAAAAGUGGGCGGAGUUGUACACUACCGGCCUCACGUUGCACAAAUGUGUCAAGCGCUUCGGAAUGGAUGAGGAUUUUUAAGCUACGUGACUGGGGUAUUAUUAUUAAAAUACUCAUAAAAUGAGUUAUCUAUAAAAAUAUUUUUUUUACUUUUGAAGAUAUUGGAUGUGAGACACGUUUGGAUCCGAAAAGUGAUUGAGGCAAACCUUACCAUCCAACAUUCAGCACUGAUUAAAUGAACACUCAUUUGUGGUCGACACAUGGAAGACCGUCACCCACCCAUGUGAAUGGACAAGUUACUAUUGAUGUGUGACCAAAGUGUGGAGAUGACUGGAGGUGACGGAGGUCCUGAUGGCGAGGACCCUGCAUUAUUCUCCGCUGCAGGAGAAGUGGGAGGGAGGGCGCCAUCAGGGCAGCACGACGAAGAGGCGCAAUCAGGGCACCUCAUGGGGGAGGAGGAAAACGGACCUUCAGGGGGAGAAGACGAGGAAAUGACAAGUGGAUCCAAUGACCUCUCUCCCUCGUCCAAUCACAGCCCGGGGAGCGCCACAGGAUCCACUUCAGCUUCAACCAAGAGCAGUGAGAACGCAGCUGAUGGGAAAGGCCCGACCCACAGGGACGUGAUGUUCACAGUUGCUGAGAUGAAGAAGAGGCUUCCAUCAGCCAAACGCAGUCGCAGCAAAGCCAGCACGGUGGAGGCCUUACAUUAUGCACUUAACUGUGUCAAGCAGGUGCAAGCCAAUAGCGAAUACUACAAACUGCUGAUGCGUAAUGACCAAGAUGAGAGGAGAGAUGCCACUGUUUGCACCCUGGAAGAGUUGGAGAGGGUCACCUCUGAACACACCCUCAAAAACACGGAUUCCUUCGUGGUGGUUUUCUCUUUGUCGAGCGGCCGUGUGCUGUACGCAUCAGAGCAGGCUCCCAGCAUCCUUUGCUGCAAGAGAAAGUUCCUGGAGUCUGCAAAGUUUGUGGAGUUGCUCUUCCACCAGGAUGUCAACGUCUUCUACUCACACACAGCUCAGCCGCAUCUGCCACCCUGGAGCAACUCGCAUACAGCGGGGGUUCUGUUUGACUGUGCCCAGGUCAAGUCUUUCUUCUGCAGAAUCAGGGGUGGGAAGGACCGUGAUGGUGAGAUGCGUUACAAUCCGUUCCGGCUAACCCCGUACCUGCUGAAGGUGCAGGGAAGAGGAAGCAGUGGAGAGGAGGAGGAGCCAUGCUGCCUGGCACUGGCUGAGCGCAUCAUUUCUGGAUAUGAGGCCCCUCGAAUCCCCUUGGACAAGCGCAUCUUCACCACCACUCACUCUCCUGGCUGUGUGUUUUUGGAAGUAGAUGACAGGGCUGUGCCGUUGCUUGGAUACCUUCCUCAGGAUCUGAUUGGAACAUCGUUGCUUACAAGCAUUCACCCAGACGACCGCCCCCUCAUGCUGUCGAUGCAUCGGAAAGUGUUGAAGUACGCAGGCCAGUCUCCUUUCGAGCACUCUCCAGUGCGUCUGCGUUGUCAGAAUGGAGACCAUAUUACUUUGGACACCAGCUGGUCCAGCUUCAUCAACCCUUGGAGCCGAAAAGUGGCCUUCAUCAUUGGACGGCACAAAGUCAGGACGAGUCCUCUGAAUGAGGAUGUGUUUGCUGCUCGGACUACGGACGAUGUCCUGGUCACACACGAGGAAAUCAAAGAUUUACAAGCAAAGAUCUACAAACUCUUCCUGCAGCCGGUCCAUAACAAUGGUUCCAGUGGUUAUGGCAGCUUGGGGAGCAAUGGUUCUCAUGAGCACUACAUCAGUGUAGCUUCUUCAAGUGACAGCAAUGGCAACAUGUGGGAGGACUCGCACAGGGAGCCGAUGACGCUGCAGCAGAUUUGUGCCGACGUAAAUAGAGUCAAGAGCUGGGGGCAGCAAGCUUAUCUGGGCUCUAGCCACAAGAUAUCUUUUCUUGGCAAACCUGCCAAAGGACGUCUACCGCCUGCAGCAUCCAACCCUGAGGUCAGAGAUCAAGAAGAAGGCAGAAAGCCAACACACAUUCCCUCCUAUCAGCAGAUCAACUGUGUGGACAACAUCAUCAGAUUUCUGGAGAGCUGUACAUGUCCAGCCCUUAAGCGGAAGAGUGACUCUCAUUCCUUGGCCACCUCCUCUUCCUCAUCCUCUACCUCAGAAGAUGACAAGCCUGCUAGAGCCACAGACACAGCUCUGGCCAGCUCAGAUGUGGUGUUGGACGGCGGGGUGUCGGUGGCCCCUACAGCAGCAGCAGUUGUUGGAGCACCUUUAGCAGACAUCACAAUGUCCACAAAGGCCAUGAGUGUAGUGUCCGUCACCAGCCAGUCUUCAUACAUCAGCACCAUCGUCCAUGUGCCCCAGCCUGAAUCAGAGGCCGCAGCGCUGGAAGAUGUCCCGAUGGGCAGCGAGCCUGCAGAUCCUCCUCCAACACCUGCCCGUCCCACGCCGAGCCCCGCCACAGAGGAGCCAAAGUUUGUGGGUCUCACCAAGGAGGUCCUGUCAGCUCACACCCAGAAAGAAGAACAAGAGUAUGUGGAUCGAUUCCGCCACCGCAUCCUCCAGAGCCCUUACAGUUCCUAUCUGCAGCUGGACAACAGCUCUAUGGCUCACUCUCACCAACCAGGCGACUACCUUCGUCCAUUAAGUGCUGGUGGAUGGAACCACUCCAGGAGAGGGAAGUCCAGGCACAAGCGUCAGAAACCCCAGGGUUCCUUAGACAGCUAUGCUUCUCCACCUGGCCCUCCUCAACGGGUCCCUGAUUCAUCUUGGCCAUCCUCAGAGUACUCUCAACCCCAGAUGGGAGCACCGUUCAACCAAGCACCCCAGCUCCAGACAUCAUUCUUUCCUAUGAUGGCAUCCCAGCCUGUCCCAGAGCAACAGCCCAAACCACAGCAGCUGCAGGGAGCAACCCCCAUGGUUCUGCAAGCUCCUGACCAAACCCAGCUCAGCUACAACUUUAACAUCAUGCAGCCUGCUCAGAGUGUGCAGGGUGUGCAGGGUGUGCAGGGUGUGCAGGGUAUACAGGGUAUGGAGGUUAUACAGGGUAUGGAGGGUAUACAGGGUAUACAGGGUAUGCAGGGUAUGCAGGGUAUGCAGGGUAUGCAACCAAUCCAGAUGGAGACCUUUCAGAAUCUGCAGAAUAUCCAGAACUUUCCCAGCCUGCAAACCAUGGCGCCAGUUCAGAACAUCAGCCCUUACAUGACUCCUGUCAUGGCUGUCAUCCUUCCCAACUAUCCAACUUUUACUCCAGGUUUCCCGUCCAUUUACCCACCAUCAGCUCCUUCCAUGCUGCCCCAGGCACCCAUCACCAUGACAGGCUUUGUCCCAGGCAAUGCUCCCUUUCCUCAGCCCCAGUUCCAAGCUCAACCUGGCCCCCACAUUCAGACCUCCCAGGGCCCUAUGCUAUGCUCACCCAGAGCCAGCUCCUCUAUCGGGGAAGAGGAGGAGGAAGCUGGACCUCGGGCUUUGUUCUCCAGCUCUCGCUCCAGUUCUCCGCUGCAGCUGAACCUUCUGCAGGAAGAGCUACCAAAGCUAAGCGAAGGGCAGAGCAGCACUGGGCUCAACCACGCCGAGAGUCUCCAUGAACAACAUGCCAACGAGGGUGAUAACCCCAGUGAGUCGGGGAACCAUGAUACCCAGUCUACAUCCAGUGAGCUGCUUGACAUGCUACUGCAGGAGGAUGCCCGGUCAGGGACCGGCUCAAACGCUUCAGGCUCUGGGUCAGGGGAGUCUGGCUCCCUGGGAUCUAGAUCUGGAUCUGGCUCCAAUGGAACCUCCACCUCACACACUAGCAGCAGCAACAGCAGCAAAUACUUUGCCAGCAAUGACUCAUCGGACACAUCACGGAAAGCCCGCAAGAGCCAGGAGGCAACGGCAGAGCACCAGCACAGCUUCGACACUGGGGUGGAGAACUCGCUGUGGAGCAUGAUCCAGCACACACCUGAUCACGUCAUGAUGACAUACCAGAUCCACACCAGGGACCAGAAUGAGGUGUUGUCAGAAGACAGGGAGAAGCUGCGACUGCUUCAGCCCCUCCAGCCUUGGUUCACCCAAGAGCAGAGAGAGGAGCUGGCUGUGGUCCAUCCUUGGAUCCAGCAGCACAGAAUCCCACCAGAGGUAGACACACAGGGUUGCGAAGGCUGCAGUGCAGGCGUAGUGGUCGCCCAAGCUCCUCACCCUCCUGCUCCAGACAGCUCAUCCAUUUUGGAGAGCCUGCAUCAGGACUCCAUCGGACCAGUGGUCGACACUUGAGAGAUUCUUAAAGCCAAAACAACCAACCUCACAGAGAACCAGCCCUGCCAGAAACCUCCACAACUCCCACCAUGCAUCUCUUCUGACCAAUCUGGAGAAGUGGGUCCCCUAUGCUUUAGUUUGAAGUUUAUUGUGUAUUUUUAAAGGUGUCAGGAGGCUGGACCAGGCCCUGAAGAGAAGUGGAGGAGAGAGCGAUGGGCAUUUUCUCUUCAUCAGCCGAACAAGACUGCCUUUAUUGGACCAUAGAUAUUAUACCUCUCUUUGUUUUGUGAUCAUGGACCCCUGUAGGGGACUAGUUUGUCUUUAGGACUGACCAGAUCCUUUGGCACAGUGAGCCACUUGACAUUCAAAACAAGAGAUGGUCUCAUGAUUCAUGCCCCCUGAACAUAAGCACUGUGUUCACACACACCCACACACACACACACACACCCAGCCUGUAUGAUUGGUGUGACAGGGUGAUGAGACAAAGACAGUGCUCGCCCAGUUAAAGCAUCAGAACAUGCUUCGAACUGUCCUCCAGAGACAUGAAGCACAGGUUGUACAGUAUGUGUUACACAUCAACUCCUUCAACUCUCCCACCAUGGCUGAAACAUGGUGGAGUUUCUUUUUUGUUUUGUUUCUUUUUUGAUGAGCACUUAAGACAAAGACAUAUGUGCUGCUCUCUGUUUAAAGUGUAAGGGUUCUAAUCUUGUAAGUUAAUUGUUAUUGGAGUGUAUUCUCUUAUUCCUUAGGUUGGGUUCCUCUUGUCCAGAUCGUCACUUUUUAUGUUACUCUGACUCAUGAACGACAACACACAUGUUGCUGAUUUUAAACUGAAAUUUCUUGCUACAACACAAGUCCACCCAAAUAUCCAAAUGUCCUGUAGCACCCAGUGUCCUUCCUGAUCACCCUACAACACCUGUAGCUCUUACAGUAAACAGACACAUGGUUGUCCCAAAUGUUCCUAAGAUCUUGGGUUUACUUACUGAAUGAUUUUCCUCCUUUAGAAUCUGUGUAGCUGUCUCUAUGACCGAAUGUGUGUGUGUGUGUUUGUGUGUGUGUGUGUGUGUGAGAGAGACAGAGAUAAAGCGAGGAGAUGACUAACCCACUGUAGUUCUGUGAAUGUUCCCACACUUUUUCUUGUACUGGAUCCAGAUGGGCAGUUGUGAAUGUGUUGGUAAGAAUGUGUGUGUAAGAAUGUGUUUGUGUGUGUGUGCACUGUUUGAUUGAGAGCUGCUUCCUUCUAUACAAUGUCCAACAGUGCAAGACAGACCAGGGUUUUCUACCGUUUUUAGAUUGAAAGUAUAUUACAAUACCAUGUAUUUUAUAGAAAAAAGUACACAAAAAUAACUUCACAAAGUGUAUAAAAAGCCAUUUGUCUUGAAUUCAGGGACUGUUUGUUUGUGACACAAAGGAAUGAAUAAAUGAACUAUGACCUAA